CCGGGCCGGUUCUGCUGCGGGGCUCUCCGCGCUGUGCGAUGACGGCCCCGCAGCUCCUGGUGCUCUUUGGCAGCCAGACGGGCACGGCCCAGGAUGUGGCGGAGAGGCUGGGCCGCGAGGCGCGGCGCCGGCGGCUGGGCUGCCGCGUGCAGGCGCUGGACUCGUACGCCGUGGCCAAUCUGAUCAGGGAGCCCCUGGUGGUGUUUGUUUGUGCGACUACCGGGCAAGGAGACCCUCCUGACAACAUGAAGAACUUCUGGAGGUUCAUAUUCCGGAAGAACCUGCCUUCCACUUCCCUCUGUCAGAUGGAUUUUGCUGUCCUGGGCCUUGGGGACUCCUCCUAUGCCAAGUUCAACUUUGUGGCCAAAAAGUUACACCGCCGGCUGCUACAGCUUGGGGCCAGUGCCCUCCUGCCUAUAUGCCUGGGGGAUGACCAGCAUGAGCUGGGGCCUGAUGCCAUCAUCGACCCCUGGUUGGGAGACCUGUGGGAAAAGGUGCUGGAGUUAUACCCGGUGCCCAUUGACCUCCCUGUGAUCCCCCAUGGAGUCCCCUUACCCUCCAAGUUCACCCUCCAGUUCCUUCCGGAGGUCCCCAACCCAAGAUCCAAGGAGUCAUGCCUAGCCAUCUCAGACUCUCUGGGACCCCCGUCAGAGUCCCAGCCCUUCCUGGCACCCAUGGUCACCAACCAGAGGGUCACAGGUCCCUCACACUUCCAGGAUGUUCGGCUGAUUGAGUUCGACAUCACAGACUCUGGCAUCAGCUUUGCUGCAGGAGACGUGGUCCUGAUCCAGCCCUCAAACUCGGCAGCCCAUACCCAGCAGUUCUGCCACGUGCUGGGCCUGGAUCCCAGCCAGUGCUUCGUGCUGCAGCCCCGGGAGCCAGAUGUCCCUUGCCCACCGGGACUGCCCCAGCCCUGCUCUGUGUGGCAGCUCGUAUCCCAGUACCUGGACAUUGCCAGCGUGCCUCGUCGCUCCUUCUUUGAGCUCCUGGCCUGUCUCUCCCCACAUGAGCUGGAGCGGGAAAAGCUGCUGGAGCUCAGUUCUGCCCAAGGCCAGGAGGAUCUCUGCGAGUACUGCAGCCGGCCUCGAAGGACCAUCCUGGAGGUACUGUGUGACUUCCCACACACCGCGGGUGCCAUCCCCCCAGACUACCUGUUGGACCUCAUCCCGCAGAUCCGGCCCCGAGCCUUCUCCAUCGCCUCUUCUCUGCUGGUUCAUCCCAGGAGGCUCCAGAUCCUUGUGGCUGUGGUACAGUACUGGACACGCCUCAAGGAGCCCCGCCGGGGCCUCUGUUCCUCCUGGCUGGCAUCUCUGGACCCAGAGAAAGGACCUGUCCAAGUUCCCCUGUGGGUGCGUCCUGGGGGCCUGGCUUUCCCAGAGACCCCAGACACACCUGUGAUCAUGGUGGGGCCUGGCACUGGUGUGGCCCCCUUCCGAGCAGCUGUUCAGGAACGUGUGGCCCAGGGCCAGACUGGAAACUUCUUAUUUUUUGGCUGCCGCUGGCGGGACCAGGACUUCUACUGGGGAGAUGAGUGGCAGGAACUGGAGAAGCGGGGCUGCCUGACUCUUGUCACAGCCUUUUCCCGGGAGCAGGGGCGGAAAGUAUACGUGCAACACCGACUCCGGGAGCUAGGACCGCUGGUUUGGGAGCUGCUGGACCGACGUGGUGCCUACUUCUACCUGGCUGGCAAUGCUAAGUACAUGCCAACGGAUGUCACGGAAGCCCUGAUGUCCAUCUUCCAGGAGGAGGGUGGGCUCUCCCACCCCAACGCAGCUACCUACCUUGCCAGACUCCAGCGGACACUGCGCUUCCAGACUGAGACCUGGGCUUGAGGAACUACCUAGCAAAGGGGCCUCUUGCCCCUGUUUGAUACCUGAGCCCUAGAGUCCAUAUCAAGACCAGGGCUGAUGCUCCUAGGCCUCAGCUGGCUUAGAGGGCCCUCCUUGCUCACAGCCACACCCCAGGGGGACCCAGGGCCCCACACUCUCAGCCUUGACUCCACUGGCUGCCCCUCACCUACACCAUCCCAUCCCAUUUUUCCAUCAGGUUGGUGCUCUGGCCUGGUGCAAUGCUCCAGGAAGGCCCCUACCCUGAUGGGUACCAGGAACCUAAUGAACCCUUCCUGAAGUUUAGGGUCCUGUGAGGGCUCCCUUUCUUCAGUUUGCAGGGACCAUGCUGUCUCUAGUCACCCUGCAGCACCCACAAAACUCCGGUUAUUGUUGGAGGCCAUCAGGACCCCCGACUUCCUGAGAAGCAGGAAGAGGCCAGCCCCUUCCUUUCCUGAUUCAGAAAACCUUGGCAAUAAACAUGACAGUUGGGCAGCUGC